AUGACAACAGCCCACCGACCUACGUUCGAUCCGGCGCAAGGAAAAGAGGCCCUUCGCGGCCCGGCCUACCACCAGCGACUCCUCCCCGCUCACACUCACCUGAAAGUCCGCCAACCCGGACAAGGAGGCGACGCCGACGCCGACGCAGGUCCCCGUGACCUCCGCGCAGAGCUCCUCGCAGCUGAGGCCGCUCACUUUGCCAAAAAGAACGGUGUUCCUGCCGAACAGCCUACAAUCAGCGAAUCACCGGCCAUCAAGCGUGAACUCGAGGCUGCACCGGAAGGAACAGACGCAGAAAUCAAAGAAGAUCCCGAGGCUAAGCGCCGGCGCAUAUUGGAGGAAUCUCGAGAUAUAGAUGCCGACUCAGAUGGCUCAGAAGAAGAGAGCAGCGACGAGGACAGUGAUGACGAGGACGAAGCUGCUGAGUUGAUGCGCGAGCUUGAAAAAAUCAAAAAGGAGCGAUUGGCGCAAAAGGAAAAAGAGGAACGUGAGCGGGCAGCAGAGGAAGAAGAGAAACGUGAAGUCGAUAUCGCGCUUGGCAACCCUUUGCUCAAUUCUCAAGACUUCAACAUGAAACGUCGCUGGGACGACGAUGUUGUCUUCAAGAACCAGGCCCGUGGAACAGAGAACAGGGACGGCAAAGAAUUCGUCAACGAUCUCCUUCGUUCCGAUUUCCACAAGAGGUUCAUGGGCAAAUACGUGCGGUAA